CUUCAAUUUUUGCAAAAUUGACUUUGCAUUCUCUCAAGGGUUUUCAUCGUCCCCAAACUUUUUUAACCUAAAUUCCGGCCGAUCAAACCACCAUGUCGUCGACGAAGAUGAUCGUUUUGAAGAGUUCCGACGGAGAAACCUUCGAGGUCGAAGAAGCGGUGGCGUUGGAGUCACAAACGAUCAAACAUAUGAUCGAAGACGACUGCGCCGACACCAGCAUCCCGCUACCAAACGUCACAAGCAAGAUCCUAUCGAAGGUUAUCGAGUACUGCAAGAAGCAUGUGGAGACACCGAAGACCGAUGAUAAGACAGCUGAAGAGGAUCUGAAAUCGUUUGAUUCCGAGUUUGUUAAAGUGGAUCAAGGGACUCUCUUCGAUCUGAUAUUGGCUGCAAACUAUCUGAACAUCAAGAGCUUAUUGGAUUUGACUUGUCAAACGGUUGCUGAUAUGAUCAAGGGGAAGACUCCAGAAGAGAUUCGCAAGACUUUCAACAUCAAAAAUGACUUCACUCCAGAGGAGGAAGAGGAAGUGCGCAGGGAGAAUGCAUGGGCAUUUGAAAAAUGA